GCAACGGAUUCCCGUGCCGCCGAUCAGGUCCCCGCGGGCCGCGCCUCCUCGCCAUGGGCCCCCUCUCGGCGCGGCUGCUGAUCCAGCGGGGGCGACCCAAGACCGACCGGCUGGGGAAGAUCCGGAGCCUGGACCUGUCAGGGCUGGAUCUGCUCUCAGAGCACUUGGACCCCAAGCUCCUGAGCCGCCUGAAGCAGCUGCAAGAGCUGGACCUCUCCAACAACCAACUGGAGACGCUGCCCGCCAACCUGGGCCUGUCCCACCUGCGCAUCCUCCGCUGCGCCAACAACCAGUUGGGCGAUGUCACUGUCCUGUGCCAGUUCCCACAGCUCGAGGAGCUCAGCCUGGAGGGCAACCCCUUUCUGACAGUCAGUGACAACCUGAAAGUUUCCUUCCUCCUGCCCAAGCUCCGUAAGGUCAACGGCAAGGACGCUUCCUCCACUUGCACUCAGGUGGAGAACCUGAACCGGGAGCUGACCAGCAGGGUCACAGCUCACUGGGAGAAGUUCGUGGCCACACUGAGCCCAGAGGAGGAGGCCGAGAAGGCCCAGGCAGACUUUGUGAGGUCUGCUGUCAGAGAUGUCCGCUAUGGGCCCGAGUCCCUCAGCGACUUCACCCAGUGGCGGGUGCAGAUGAUCUCUGAGGAGCUGGUGGCCUCUGGUGGGACUCAGGUGCAUGAGGCAAACAUCUCAGAGAGGCCCCCAAAAGCCACCGCUACCCAGGAGCCUAGGGCCAGGCCAGUGGCCUCGAAGCGGCCAGGUGAUGUCCCAGUCAACCUCUCUCCCAACAAGCGGGUGUGCACCUCCCCGUUGGCCCAGGUGGAGGGCAGCCCCGUGGGCUCUGCUGACAGCCAGACCGCCCUGCAGCUGGAGCCCCUGCACUUCCUGCAGUGCCACAGCAAGAACAACAGCCCUCGUGACCUAGAGACCCAGCUCUGGGCCUGCGCCUUCGAGCCAGCUUGGGACGAGGGGCAGGCAGGGGCCACGUCCCAGACCGUGGCCACGUGUGGCGGGGAGGCCGUGUGUGUGAUCGACUGCCAGACGGGCAUCGUACUGCACAAGUACAAGGCGCCUAGUGAGGAGUUCUUCUCGGUGGCCUGGACAGCCCUGACAGUGGUCACACAGGCAGGCCACAAGAAGCGCUGGAGCGUGCUGGCAGCUGCAGGCCUGCGGGGCCUGGUCCGGCUGCUGCACGUGCGGGCCGGCUUCUGCUGCGGGCUCAUCCGGGCCCACAAGAAGGCCAUUGCCACUCUCUGCUUCAGCCCCACGCAUGAGACCCACCUCUUCACGGCCUCCUAUGACAAGCGGAUCAUCCUCUGGGACAUCGGGGUGCCCAACCACGAUUACGAGUUCCAGGCCAGCCAGCUGCUCACACUCGACACCGCCUCCAUCGCCCUGCGCCUCUGCCCCGUCGCCUCCUGCCCGGAUGCCUACUUGCUGGCCGGCUGCGAGGGCGGCUGCUGCUGCUGGGACGUGCGGCUGGACCAGCCUCAGAAGAGGAGGGUGUGUGAAGUGGAGUUCGUCUUCCCCGAGGGCUCUGAGGCAACUGGGCGGAGAGUGGACGGGCUGGCGUUCGUGAAUGAGGACGUCGUGGCCUCCAAGGGGAGUAGCCUGGGCACCAUCUGCCUGUGGAGCUGGAGCCAGACGUGGCAGGGCCGGGGCAGCCGGUCCACAGUGGCCGUCGUGGUCCUGGCCCGGCUGCAGUGGUCGCCCACCGAACUCGCCUACUUCUCACUCAGCACCUGUCCUGAUGAGGGGACGGUGCUCUGUGGGGACGAGGAGGGCAACGUGUGGAUCUACGACGUCAGGCCCCUGGUGGCGCAGCGGCCCCCGCCGCCGGCCGCCCCGCAGGCCCCCACGCAGAUCCUUAAGUGGCCCCAGCCCCGGGCCCUGGGCCAGACAGUGAGCAGGACCAUGGUGAACAUGGUGGUGGCCGACCCCACCUUUACCUACCUCACGGCACUGACGGACUCCAACAUCGUCGCCAUCUGGAGGAGAAACCGGCCUUGACUGUGCGACGCAACUUAUUCAGCUUUCGGGGUCGUGAGGGGGAUCUUCUUACCGGUGACUAUUUUUUAUUAAAGUCAACUAUAUAAGAGAA